AUGAAAAUAAAUGCUGAUGAAGUAGAAGUUGGGCAUGAAAUUGGAAUGGGACUUACGGGUUUUGGAGUGUUUUUCCUUUUCUUUGGAAUGAUCCUAUUUUUUGACAAAGCACUUUUGGCUAUUGGAAACGUUUUAUUUGUGGCGGGCCUGGCUUUCGUGAUUGGUUUAGAAAGGACGUUCAGAUUCUUCUUCCAGAAGCACAAAAUGAAAGCCACGGGCUUCUUUCUGGGAGGCGUACUUAUUGUUCUUAUUGGUUGGCCCUUGAUAGGAAUGGUCCUUGAAAUUUAUGGGUUCUUCCUCUUAUUCCGGGGCUUUUUUCCCGUGGUGGUCGGUUUUAUCAGAAGAGUGCCAGUCCUUGGCUAUCUCUUGAAUUUACCCGGUAUACGUUCACUCGUAGAUAAAGUUGGAGAAAGCAACAACAUGGUAUAAUGACGAGAGUGCCGAAGACUGGUUCUAAAUUUAUAUUAUUUAUAAUGUCCUUUUUUGAAGAAAAAAGAAUCAGCACAAAGAUUCCGGUUGUGUACAAAGGCAAAAGUUUGUAACAAAAAGUCUUGACGUAAGUUUUUAAAUUUACACCGCGAGUCUACAAAAAAAAAAAAAAGCAUCGCUCGCAAAGAAAGGCGUCGCAAGCGCGCAUCCGAGACUUGCUGCUCCUGGAAUUUGGUGAACUGAAGAAAAAAUACACAGGGGAAACCUGCGGUCUACAACAAUUCAAGACUUCUUCAUGUUUUUUGGAGUAUGUGCUAAAUGCAGCAACCUCCCCCCGUGGGACUAACAGUGCCUGUAACUUUACCUCCUGAUUUCAAAGGUGUCGUAGAGUAAGCAGGGCUUCAUCUGUAAGGCACGGUCCUUCUCUCCUCCCACUUGCCAAUCUUUCUACCUGUGCUUCUCUCUCGGAAGAAAGCAAAUAUCCAUUUUUCCCACCCGUCGAAAGCAAAGAGGUGUCCUUUGGGCGUGACAUACGGCAUUUUAAGAUGGAUCCUCCUCCUUUGCCACGCGCCACUAGAGGAUUUCACUACCCUGUUCUGCUGUAUACAUUUCUUUGUAAAUAUCUAGCUAGAAUAAAGCUUGGUAGGAAAAUGUUUAAAGCCAAAUGUAAAAUUCUGAUUAGGUUUAUACGAGGAAUCUGCAAGGUAGGUCAACCCAUUUUUAUUUUUGUUCUGUUUGUUUUGGUACUGAGUUGAGCCGGAAACCACUCCUGGUUUUGAGACCUGUUCGAUUUGGCAGGGGACUGUGGGAAAACCACUUUUACACUCCUUUUCGGCUGGUUCUCCUUGACCCAUGUUACAUGUAUGCCUCACAAAGCAGGUCUGCGGCCCUCUAGUUGUUGAAUUAAACUUGGUGCGCAUCACGUCCAGCUUACGAAAUGGUUUGCUCGGUUUCCAGGUGCGCGCACUUUAAAAAAAAGUGAUACGCCCAGCCAACCACCUCUUCAAAAAGGUGCUCCGAUCAAAACUGUCAUUUCUUGCUGUCUUGCCCAUAGCCAGCAUGAUGUUUCUGCAUCUUAUGACAGCACGGCUGGCAAAGCGGUAAAUCAGGCAUUGGCAUUGGGACCCUUGCGUUUUGCGCAUCCUUUUCUUAUUGUAGGACAGUAUGUUACAGCGCUAACUUCUUCUGUAAAUAACAGUGAAGUAAAAAAAUGAUAUUAGGUCAUUUGUACGUCGGGAGGUCUGUGGGGAACUUGAGCAGCCUGAGUCGUGUGCCACGCCGAAGGGCUGCUCCUCUCCCCGUGUCUUAAUUUGCUUCUAUUCUGAUGGUUGGGAAAGGAUGCCUAUAUCUACAAAUAAAAAGCUUCAGAGCUGCUUUGUACAUUUCAGUGAAGCGGGUAAGAGAGUGAACGACACGAAUACCUUCUGUCCCUGCUCGUCUCCCUUCUCCUCCUCUCUCCCUCUUCCCCCCCCCCUCCCCAUUUUGGGUGAGACUUAGAAGGGGUCGAGCGUCUUAUCUGGCUCUCAGAUGCAGGCUGGUGUUUAUUUACAGAAACCCUCUGCAUAUUAACAUGAGACUAACUUAUUUGUUCGGCUCCAGACAGCUUACGUACGCCACAUCGAAGCAGAUAGAUGUGCGUUGGUCAACUUAUUUGGAGCAUGGACUUUUUAAAAUUUGCGCAACCAAUUUCUGCACUUUGGCGUAAACGGUUGAUAAGUUUGCUUAAGGCCUGACAGACCUUUUUAAAAUCCAGUGGGUGAUUAUUUAAAUCGGCUUGCUUUUAGCUGAGACAAGCUCCCGCCCCCCGAAGCUUUGAAGAACACCUUCAAGUGAGAUGUUUCCAGUCGCAAAAACAAUCCUAGCAGGAACUUGCCCGUUUCUUUGGCUUCAUCUUGGGGAAAGGAAAAUGCACUUUGGGAAAACACGUUUCUUUUCCCAGAAGUCCUGAAAAUGGUUAUCUUUAAUCCUCGAAGCCACAUGCGUACCUCAUUUUGGUCUCACUGUGAUACAUGCUGCUGCCUGUAAGAUGUAAAAAAUGUUAUUGGGGGGGCAACUCUGGCUGCAGCCAUUUUAAAUAUAUAUCUCUCCUGUUGAAUGGGACAUAUUGAGAUGUCCCCAGCCAUUGAGGCUACCACAGUUUCCACGAUGCCACGUGUAACUACCAUUUAAGCUGGACAAAGAUUGGUGGCUGUCAUUGCAGCUGGAAACCUGUGCAGCAUCUGUUGUAUAUUACCCAUUCCCACAAAGGCAUGGUCUCGUGAGUCACUCCUGUAUCCAAAAACCAUUCACCCAUGUGAUGAGCCCUGAGAGACAUGCCUCUAUCCAGGUUUGGAGCAGCCAAGCAGUUCCUACAUUAUUUCUAGAGCUGUAUCCCAGGGGCAGAAGGGGUUAUGCAGGUAUUUCUGAGCCAUCAAGGUUUCUAUUUUGCAGUUUCUUCUCCCAUGGUGAGUGGAGCAGGAGAAGGAACUGUUCCAUCUCCCCUAAGUACAAGGCAUUUGUGCAUUACAUUAACGAUGCCCACACAGCUCUCUCUCUCUCUCUCUGCUUUCUGUUUUACUUAACGCAUGGGAGAGACCUGUAUUUUUAAUAGUAACGACAAUAGAAACCCUGAUCAUCGCCCUUGACCAAGUAAAGCAAACUUGCCUUUUUAAAACUGAUCUGGUAGCAACCCUUCAGUGUGUUGGGAAUCUCAUUCAAGCAAAAAAAAAUGUACAUGUGGAAGGUGUUGGAUUUUUUAAAAAAGUGAUCAAACGCAAACUUGGUGUGAUUCUCGUUUUGUCUUCUCACAGCCCUUAUUCGUUUAGGAAAGUAUUUGGAGCGGGGGAUUAUUUGUGUGUACAAUUGUUGCAGGGUGAUACUGGAAGGGAAGCGUUAGGAUGGUCUGUCCAAAGCCGCCUUGAACGUUUAGGUUGGGCGACAGUAUCACGACUUUGCUCAAACCUCCGGCUAGCAACUGGAAGCUGAAUGCCCCGUUCCUUUGAAGGGGACACUCUGUGGUGGCUACAAAGCCGGGUUUUGCAAAGUUGGUGUUGUGAAGCAGCCAGAACGAUUCCUUAGUCCUAAAGGCUGCUAUUUACACCCGGAAGUAAGUGCCACUGAAUUCAGUUGGGCUUCUUUCCAAACAGGCACGCACAGGAUCAGGCUGCAUGCAUUGUAAGCCUCUGCAAGAAAAAGAAGAAGAAAAGGCAGCAGCAUCUGUAACAAGUUUUAUUUUCCCCAUUUAAAUGUAAUUCUUCAUUGCUGCUUUAGGAAUCAGAAGCAGAUCUCAUCCUGAGUAAAUGAACACUGUAAAUACA